AUGGUGAUCGCCCGAUGGUUGCCGACGGCGAUCAAACUCGGCUUGAUCCCAUUGACUUGUUCGGCCGCUGGCUGGACAGCCGAACUGGUCGAACCCAACGCGAUGGCGUUGGCCACGGCGACUCGACAAGGGCGCCCAUCAGUGCGAACGGUGUUGUUGAAAGCCAUCGACGACGACGGGCUGGUGUUCUACACGAACUACGAGUCGCGCAAGGGUUCCGACCUCGCGGCGAACCCCUACGCUGCCGCGACGAUGCUGUGGCACCCGAUGCACCGACAGGUCCGAGUAGAGGGUGCUGUUACCCGAGUUUCGGGUAGCGAUAGCGACGACUAUUUUGCGUCGAGGCCGCGCGGGUCGAGGCUCAGCGCGGUGGCCUCGCCGCAAUCUCAAACCAUCUCCGAUCCGGCUGACUUACAGGAACGCUGGGCGGAUCUUGAACGACAUUAUGGCGACGGCACGAUCCCCCGGCCCUUAUCGUGGGGCGGGUACCGGAUCGCUGUUGAGCAGAUUGAGUUUUGGCAGGGUCGGCGCAACCGG